UGACACAUCAGACAGAUCCCAUGUGGGCCCCACUUGUAUCUGCACAUCUUUCCUCUAUUACAACCUUAACAAUCUAAUAAUUCAUAAUGGGUUUCUUACAUAAUUUCAGAAAAUACCCAAAUUAGGUUAAAUUGGAGCAUGCAUUAGGGUUUAAUUUGAGAUAUGGUGAUAAAAUGUACAACUUGUUGUUUGAUUGAGUCUUGAACAACUGUAAAGAGGAAAACGAGAGGAAAUUCACACCCUCCCACCGAACGCUCAAUUUGAACGCGUGCAACUUUUUUACACGAAACCUUCUCUAUAUAAACGGACACAUGCUCAAGAAUUAUUUACUCGUAUCGAAAAAGAAUCAAGAAUAAUCAUCUUCUUCUCGAUCUUUUUUGCCUCAGAAUCUUUGAGAGAUGAAUCAGUUGGCUUUUGUGUUUGGCCUUCUAGGCAAUGUCGUCUCGUUCAUGGUUUUCCUUGCUCCAAUCCCAACAUUUUACCAAAUAUUCAAGAAAAAGUCAACGGAAGGGUUUCAAUCGGUGCCUUACGCGGUCGGGUUAUUCAGCGCGAUGCUGUGGAUAUACUAUGCGUUUCUCAAGCCCGAGACGACCCUUCUCAUCACUAUCAACUCAGUUGGUUGUGUCAUUCAGUCGGCAUAUAUUUGCUUCUACCUCUUUUUCGCCACCAAAAAUGCUAGGAUUCAAACUGUGAAGCUGAUUCUAUUGCUAAACGUGGUUGGCUUCGGUUUAAUAAUUGUACUAACUCAUUUCUGGGCAAACGACUCAAACCGAGACGAUGUUGUGGGAUGGAUUUGUCUUGUCUUUUCUUUGUGUGUCUUCGUCGCACCUUUAGGCGUUGUGAGACAAGUGAUACGUACAAAAAGUGUGGAAUACAUGCCGUUUCUUCUCUCGUUUUUCCUAACCCUAAGCGCUGUCAUGUGGUUCUUCUACGGCUUACUCCGUAAAGAUUACAACAUCGCUAUCCCUAAUGUUCUUGGAUUCAUGUUUGGUGUGAUACAAAUGGUGCUUUAUGUGAUGUACAAAAACCCGAAAAAAGUUGUGCAAGAAAAGAAACAGAAGCUUCCAGAAAUCGAAACACAAAUAAUUGUGAUUGAUGAAAAUAAAUUACCAGAAUUAAAAGAACAGAUUAUUGAUGUAAUGAAGCUUGGUGGAGCAUCUGUCGGAAUUAUUCCUCUGGUUCCGGUCAACGUGGACAACCAUAUUCUUGGAGUCGGAAAAGCUAUAAGAUGCCCGGUGUAA